UGCCUGCAAAGUGCUAUGUGGCUCCGAUGAUUGAGUGACUUGUGGACUGGCCGGGAAGCUGCACAUGCCAUGAGAUGAUCGGCAAAAUCGUGCUGGGCCUCUGGAUCUUACACUUUUUGAGUCUCUCCGCAAAGGACAAUGGGGUCGAGGCAUUGGUGGAGUUUGGCAGGAGUAGCAGGCUGUUUGACGAGUCGGCGGACGAGCUCAACGACGCCGAGAUCUUCCGGGCGGUUGUCAACUCGAUCCACGAGUGGGAGCUGAAGAGACAGCAGCAGCAGCACCGGAUCAGCCUACACCAGCGGCACAAGCGCGAAGUCUCGCGCGUCUGUUACGAGGAUGUCGGCUGUUUCGAGGACACGGGGCCCUUCUCCUAUCUCGAGAUGCUGCCCUCCCCGCCUAAGGAGGUCGGCACGAGGUUUUUCGUGUACGGCAGUAGGAAGGCGCGAUCGGUGUCGAUGACCGUGCCGGCCGAGAGCAUCAGCGACAAGGCAAGCAGUGCCAUAGACCCCGAGCUGCCCACCAAAGUCAUUGUGCACGGCUUCGGCUCGAGUUGCGAUCACGUCUGGGUCUACGAGAUGCGCUCCGUUCUCGCGGCCGUCAUCGACUGCAACAUUGUUUGCGUGGAUUGGGGCCCAGGAAGCGCCGUGCCAAACUACGUGCGAGCAGCGGCCAACACGCGGCUCGUCGGACGCCAGCUGGCCAAGCUCGUGCGCAGCCUCAACGUGCCCCUCGACAAGCUCCACAUGAUCGGCUUCAGCCUCGGAGCCCACGUGGCUGGCUUUGCAGGAGCCGAGCUAGGCAACGUUUCCCGGAUCACUGGUCUGGAUCCGGCUGGUCCGCUGUUCGAGUCGCAGGACCCACGGGCUCGCCUCGACGAAACGGACGCGCAGUUUGUCGACGUGAUCCACAGCAACGGAGAGCAACUGAUCCUUGGGGGACUCGGCUCCUGGCAACCCAUGGGCGACGUCGACUUUUACCCGAACGGCGGUCGCAUGCAAACGGGCUGUUCUAAUCUCUUUGUUGGCGCCGUCACUGACAUUAUUUGGUCUGCAAACUCGGUGGAGGGCAGGUCGUUGUGCAAUCACCGGCGGGCUUACAAGCUGUUCACGGACUCAAUAAGCCCCAAGUGCCGAUUUCCGGCCUUUCCGUGCGCGAGCGGCUACGACGGGCUACUGCGAGGCGAGUGCUUUCCCUGCGGUAGCCGAAACACCCAGCACCCGGAGCCCAUGCCGUGCGCCGACAUGGGCUUCUACAGCGACAGGUCGAGGGCCCGGGGCCAACUUUACCUGGUGACCCGUGACGAGGAGCCCUUCUGCGCCCACCAGUACCAGGUGCGGGUGUACAACAGCAGGAACGAGCGCCCGGUCAAGAGUUACGGCAGGCUCCAGGUGACCCUUGUUACGGAGGGCACGAUCAACGAGACCUUCCUCAUGACCAAGAAGGACGAUGAGGAGCUCCUCGUCGGUGCCACCCUACAGAGGAUCGUCGUGCCCCACCCCUCCCUAGCCACCAUCGAGGCGAUCGAGAUAAAGUACACGGCGUACAGCGGGUGGAUAUCGUCGGGUCUGGUCUCGUGGGCCGUGGACAAGGUAUCGGUGACGGACAGCUACGGGGCCGUGCGCUCGAUCUGCAAGCGGGGCCUCGUCCUCGAGUCGGGCAAACCGGUCUACCUGAGCCUACAGCCGAGCGACUGUAGCGUGCCUCCCGAGGAGCACUCGGACCAACAACCGAACCAAGACGGGGAACAACAACAAGGCAUCGGCCCCUUCACCAGGGAGCACAACUACGAGCGCCCAACAGUUACGGACAGUAGCAGCAGCUUCAGCAACGAGGUGCCGCAAAACGCGGCCAAGGGCUUGGGCCCGUUCACCAGGGAACAAAACGUCGUGACCACGAUGACCGAGAAGGAUUACCCGCAGCCGAGCGUGUCGCCGUGGUCGCUGGGUGAGUUGACAAACGACGAUAGCUCAAACUCGGUAGAGACGAGCAGCAGCGCGAACAACGCGGAGCGCGGCCGUAGCUUCUCCGGGCCGACAACAGCUGGAAUUUUAAACCUCGACCAGCGGAGCAACGUCGUACCCGUGAUAACCGUCCCGCCCGAGCUACCGCAGGAACAACAACGGCCGAGCGCCAAGCACGAGCACCUCCCACUUGUCCCGGAGGUGAGAUUACCGGGUGCCAACGGCAGCAACAAAAAGGAGUCGGGACGCUCGCUCAGGCUACCCGAGAUCACGGAGCCGGUGCUCAGGCCGAGGGGCACGCGCCAGGACUCGGUGGUUUUCCCGGCUACCGUGAGCGCAACCACCACGACGACGAGUACCGCGGCGCCGGCUGUCGCGACCACGACCAUGACGAAUCGGGGCUUCACGGUGCAGUUGCUGCCCGAGCGGCUGGCCGGUAUACUGGCCCAGGUGGAGCGCUACGCCAGACAGACCCUCCUGCCGCUCAUCUCCCAGUACACUCCAAGCUUCAUCGGUCAAGCCGGCAAAACCGAGCGGCCCAAGUACUUCCCACCUCUGGGUAGCUUGUUCGGGGGCCGGGACAGCGGGGACGAGCGCAGGUACCUGUACUUUGAGUUCAACGAGGAACCGACGACGACGGAAAAGCGAGACGAGCGCCUAUUGGCCAUCGACAGCAAUAGGGACGACUCGUGGAUGCCGCUGACAGUGGCCCGCGAGGAAAAGACGCUCGCAGGCGAGUGGAUGAACGAGGGUGGCUCGAGUUGGUCGCCGCUAAACGACAGUAGUGACGCUAACGCCACGGAGACGAAAAUUGACGACUGGGUGCCGCUGGUAUCGGCCCCCGUCGACGACUCGAACGGCACCUCGGGGACGAACGAGGAGAGGGAGCGCAAGUUCAUACCGCUAAUCGACUUGGCUCGGGGGGGCAGCAAAGGGGUGGACCCACCGAAACUAGAGGACAAGACGGUCGAUCGACCGCGCUCGAUCGUCUUUCCUUACGUCUACGAGAGGAAGAACGACCCAAGGACGAGGUACAUUCCCCUCGUGCCGGAGGAGGAUCUUGGCGCGUUAGCCGUAGACGACGGGGUUAUCGGGUAACGGUAGUCAUAAGCGCGCCUAUACCACCUAAAUGUAUCAUAGAAUACGUACGUGCACCUAUUUUACUUACUGCGAUUUAUUGUAUGCCUGUUUGCUACGGAUUCUCGCGCCACUUGGGAUACAUAUAAUUGAUUACGUGACUCAUUACCACUGUAACGAUAUAUAAUCAUCCGCGUACUUAAACAUCCUUUUUUAGAAGGAUAAUAUUAUAUACAUAUAUAGACCAUCGAAAGUGCGUAGGUACACGCGGGUAAUAACAAUAAUACGUUGUAUAGCGAUCGUGCCGUUUUAAUUUUAUUUCCA